AGUCACCACGCUCGCGGGCCGGACGGGUGCUGGGGAAGUAGCAUUUAACAGUUAUCUGGCCCAGGGUAUCCCACCGUCCUGGUUCUUUCCCUUCCGGUCUGCCUUCGCCUACGCAGCCUGAGGGCCAUGCGGGACCUACAGACGAGUCUGGGUGAACAGGACAGAGAACUAAGCACAUGGACUGGAAAUUGGAAGGGAGUGCUUGGGAAACAAAGUCGCACGUGCUGCUGGGCCAGGAAUGCCUCCUUGAGGACAUAGGUGAAGAUGAUGUCUCUGAAAGCUUCCAGCUUCUGCAGAUUGACAUGGAAUGUGAGAGCCAAGAGAGAAGGAGCCUGCCUACGGGCAGUGCAUCCUGGUGCUCGAAAAAUGUGCAAAGAAAACAGAAACACUGGGAAAAGAUGGUUGCAGCAAAGAAGAGCAAAAGAAAGCAAGAAAAGGAAAGAAGAAAAGCCAAUCGUGCUGAAAAUCCAGGCAUCCGCCCCCAGCACAGCAAACGUUUUUUGAGAACCUUAACCAAAGAGAGACUUUUGGAAGCCAAACACUCAGGACCAAGACUUUGUAUUGAUUUGAGUAUGACGGACCACAUGUCUAAGAAGGAGUUAAGUAGACUGGCAGGACAGAUCCGAAGGUUGUAUGGUUCAAAUAAAAAAGCUGACAAGCCAUUUUGGAUCUGCCUUGCUGGAUUCUCAAGAGACAGUCCGCUGUAUGAAGAGUGUUUGAGGAUGAAUGAUGGGUUUUCCAGUUACAUGCUAGACAUAACAGAAGAAGACUGCUUUAGUUUAUUUCCUCUGGAAACCCUUGUGUACCUGACACCUGAUUCUGAACAUGCUCUUGAAGAUGUUGAUGUAAACAAAAUUUACAUUCUUGGUGGACUUGUGGAUGAAAGCAUUCAGAAGAAGGUGACAUUUCAAAAGGCCCGAGAACACUCUGUCCAGACAGCCCGCUUGCCAAUCCAGGAAUACAUGAUCAGACGCCAGAAUGGAAAAAACUAUUACUCAGAGAUAUUGGCCAUCAAUCAAGUGUUUGAUAUCCUGUCCACUUACUUUGAGACUCGAAACUGGCCUGAAGCACUGAAGAAAGGAGUUUCUUCUGGAAAAGGCUAUGUUCUUCAGAAUUCAGUGGAAUGAUGGACAACCUAAGACUGCAGUUGCAGGAGGCAAAGUGCUAGAAGUGGAAGAAUGUAUUUUUAUGGUGAGGCGAAGCCCCUAGUGCCUAGAUGGCACCUCCUCCCUGCCUGAGGACCAACUAGCCACACUGCCUCACUCUUGUAAUACUUUUUUGGAUCCUUGUAUCAUAUGAGAAGCAGCAUGUUGUGACAUUUGCUUGGACUUCGAGCCAGAAAACCUGGGUCCAAAUCCCAGCUCCGCCACUUAAGUAGCUUUGGGACACUGAGGCUCCAGCUUCCGUUUUUUUUCUCCAGCCUCAGUUUUCUUAAGUGAGAAAUGGGAACAAUGCUACCUACCUUUCAGAGUUUUGAGAAUUAGUGUGUGGUGUCCUCAGCAAGUCACCGUUAUAUAAUGUCCUAGUAUGGAAGAGGGCAGACAUUUGAUACAUUAUACGUUAAUAUUGGAUUGAUUUUAUUUUCUAUUCUGAUCUUUCCCAGCCUAUCUAAUAAAUCCAUAGAGUAAAAUUAGGUCUGUGAUAGCAACUGCCUUUUGCAGAUUAUGCACAAGUAAACCAGAGGCAAUAGGGCUUGGGGAGUUUUUGUUUCCCCACUGAUUUCCAUUUGUAAUAUUUGCUAACAUCCUUUGAACACUUAUUAUGUUCCAGAGACUAUGCUAAGGAUUUUGUAUUAUUUUAUUAUCCCAACAACCCCAUGAGGAAGAUACUAUGUCAUUAUGUUUCCUUUUUUUUUUUUAACAGAUGAGAAAAUAAGUUUCACUAUUUGCUCUGCAUAUUGCAGUGAGAAUGUAUGCAUGUAUUAUUUUUGUAAAAAUAAAAAUAUAUAACUGUGGUUUACAGAGGGUGACAUUUCAAAAGGCCCAAAACCUGAUUAGGGUCACUCACUAGUAAGUGGUGGAGCCUGGAUUUUGAACUUAGGCAGUCUAAUUCCUGAGUCCCUGGGACAGAAGGGAAGCAGCUCAGCCAGGCCCCAGGGCUCAAGUAAAAUACCCAGGACAAGCUCACCCACAUUAAGGGUAGUUCACAAACUAUAGUGGGAAGCUGGUUGGAAGUGAAAACUCCUGCCUUUCCCUGCCUCCUUUCAGUAGGUCUGAAGUGGAGUCCAGAAAUUUGUGUUUGGUAUUUACCUCAGUGAAUUUGAUACAGCUGGUCUAGGGACCACAUUUUGAGAAACCCUGUUGUAUACUACAUUUGGGUACAUGCAGCUUGCACUUUAACUUGCUCUUUCCUUCUCUCCUGUCUACGGCUACAGUAAGAAUGAUUUCCCAUUUAGAUCAUCACUGGAGUCUUGAUCCAUCUGGCAGUUAGAAGAAGACUUGAAAAUAUGAAUGGCCCUCAUUAAGAGGCUCUAGAGAAACUUGAGAGCUUUCUGAGACUGCUUGGUCUGAGAUGGACCCCUCAAGGGUAGGUUAGACACAUACCCCAGUGAGUGAUCUGGUAUGGCUUUUGGAGAAACCAGGUUCUGUCAUGGUAUUCAUUUCUGGACAUGUGUCUUACAAGAAGCCAUUUUGUCUUCUGUAACUCAAGUAGAGAAAAGUAACCACAGCCACAGCCCCUGUUUAAUAUCAAACUGCCUGUUAGUGAAGGUUACACUAGAGCAGGGGUGAUAAGUAGGUUUUGUUAGCCCACCAUCUUGAUUGAACUGGUAACUGAGUUGCAAGCAGUUACAAGGCCUCAAAUCAAAUCCUAAUACCAGUUCCCAGUCAUCCAUUCAUAUGCCGUCAGUGUUACAGGGACUUCUACCUUAUUACCACUUGAGAGCCCUUGCCUUACUGGGGAGUGUGGCUUAAUGUAAUGCAAAGAUAGUUUCUUCCUCUCCACUCCUUCCUGGUCUCCAACUCUGUCAUAUCCCUGUGUGCAUCAAGUCCCAGCCCCUGGAUGGCCUGCUUCAGUUCACUCUUUUUCUCACUACUCCUUGUUUCCACUUACUACAACUGAGAUCAUCCAGAACUCCAUUUACCAGAAGACCAGAGGUCGGAUCUUCCCAACCUAUCCACCUGAGGCUUUGGGCCAGUCCAGCAUCUCACACCACAGCUGGUUAGAGUGUUAUGUCUGUCCUCUUUUCUUCCUGAUACAGGUCCUAUUUUUCCUGGAACUCUGGUUUAUUCCUAAUUCCAAAUCCACCUUUUUCUACUUAAACAGAUAGUAAUUCUUAUCAAUACUUUAUGUACAUAAACAGUACGUGUUUGUUUUUUUCCCAUACAAAAAUUUAUACAUACAUUGUUAUGCGACUCUAAUUGCUGUCCCUAUACUGUGACAGCACACUCCUCCUUUCCACCCGAUUCCCCAUAUCCAUUCAAUCAGCUAUCCCUCUCUGCCUUCGCAUCUUACCUCCGGAAAGACGCUACCCUUUAGUCUCUUUUGAGCUAAGAGGCACACUCCUCACAAGCAUCACUCUUACG